AUGCUUGGCUUCUACCGAAUUUCCGGGUGUCGCCUCGCCUGGGGCACCGACUCUCUGCCCCGCGCGCCGCCAGCCGCUCCCGCCGGCCUCGCCGACCAGCCGCUCAAGGCGGCCCCGUCGGGCGGCUACGCGGGCAACGAGGAGGAUCUCGAGCGGGAGCACGGGGAUGUAGAAGAGUAG